AUGGUGAAAAUUUAUAGGAAAAGUGUUUCCCUGUCAGCCCUAUGGGUGUCUUCAAACGAGAGGCUAAGCGAUUUUUACGCGUCGUCAUGGCAACGAGGCGAGUGCCCGAUACCGAUGCUGGUGUUGAGGGUGCUGUUUACUGGAGUGGCGCUGGCGAUCCUCAUAUGGUCAUUGGUUGAGGCUCCAACGCCUUAUUGGCUGAUCUACCUCACAAACUGGGGCCUGAUGCUGGUGACGAGCCUAUUCAUGUGCGGUAUUGUAAUGUCCUUCAUGGCAAUGUACAACAAAUCCUACGAGACAAAGGAACUGCCAUGGUACGCCAGCCUGUACUGGGCGGUAUUUAACAUCAGCAUAACUAUCUCCAUCAUGAUCACUGCGCUUUACUGGCUACUAUUAUACAAUACUGACGUGGAAGAUGAGAUGGAUGAGCGGGCGUUUUGGCUGGACGUGUCGACACACGGUAUCACGUCAUGCCUAGCAGUUGUCGAGCUGUUGUCGUCACGGACUCCGGUUCGCUUCCUACACGUGUACCAGCCGCUCAGUAUGGGGCUUUGGUACGUUGUCUUUUCCGGCAUCUACCACGUGGCCGGAGGCACCGAUGUAAAUGGGAAUCCUUUUAUCUACGAAAUACUGGACUGGUCACAGAGCAAACGUGCGGGUAUCAUAGUCGCAGCGUCUAUGGUAGGUCUCAUAAUAGUGUAUGCCUUCAUUUGGGGCAUCGCUUUGUGUAGAGAUAAGGUGUCCACAUACUUAAUACGUACGACAAGCCACGACUUGCCCGCUGCACCGCCCGACAGACACACAAGAAUCGUCUGA